CUCAGGUCUGCAUCUCUGCUUCCCCAAUCAGGAGUCAUCAAGAUGCCCAUCCUGGAAAAAACUCCCCCUAAGAUGGCAGCAAAAAGUCCCAGCAGUGAGGAGGAGCCUGGGCUGCCCAAACUCCCUGUGCCCCCAUUGCAGCAGACCCUGGCCACCUACCUGCGGUGCAUGCAGCACCUGGUACCUGAGGAGCAAUUUAGGAGGAGCCAGGCCAUUGUGCAGCGGUUUGGGGCCCCUGGUGGCCUUGGCGAGACCCUGCAGCAGAAGCUCCUGGAACGGCAGGAGCAGACAGCUAACUGGGUGUCUGAGUACUGGCUGAACGACAUGUAUCUCAAUAACCGUCUGGCCCUGCCUGUCAACUCCAGCCCAGCUGUGAUUUUUGCCCGGCAGCACUUCCAAGACACCAAUGACCAGCUAAGGUUUGCAGCCAACCUUAUCUCUGGUGUGCUCAGCUACAAGGCCCUGCUGGACAGCCACUCCAUCCCCAUCGACUGUGCCAAGGGCCAGCUGUCAGGACAGCCUCUCUGUAUGAAGCAAUACUAUGGGCUUUUCUCCUCUUACCGGCUCCCUGGCCACACCCAGGACACCCUGGUAGCCCAGAAGAACAGUGUCAUGCCCGAGCCAGAGCACGUCAUCGUGGCCUGCUGCAACCAGUUCUUUGUCUUGGAUGUUGUCAUUAAUUUCCGCCGUCUCAGUGAGGGGGAUCUGUUCACUCAGUUGAGAAAGAUAGUCAGAAUGGCUUCCAACGAGGAUGAACGCUUGCCUCCAAUCGGCCUGCUGACGUCAGACGGGAGGAGCGAGUGGGCUGAGGCCAGGACGGUCCUCGUGAAAGACUCCACCAAUCGGGACUCUCUGGAUAUGAUCGAGCGGUGCAUCUGCCUGGUGUGCCUGGAUGCCCCUGGAGGCAUGGAGCUCAGCGACACCAACAGGGCGCUCCAGCUUCUUCACGGCGGAGGCUGCAGCAAGAAUGGAGCCAACCGCUGGUAUGACAAGUCCCUACAGUUUGUGGUGGGCCGAGACGGCACCUGCGGCGUGGUGUGCGAACACUCCCCUUUUGAUGGCAUCGUCCUGGUGCAGUGCACGGAGCAUCUGCUCAAGCACAUGGUGAAGAGCAGCAAGAAGAUGGUCCGAGCUGACUCGGUCAGCGAGCUCCCAGCACCCAGAAGGCUGAGGUGGAAGUGUUCCCCGGAAAUCCAAGGCCUCUUAGCUUCCUCGGCAGAAAAACUCCAACGAAUAGUCAAGAAUCUUGACUUCACCGUUUAUAAAUUUGACGACUAUGGGAAGACUUUCAUUAAGCAGCAGAAAUGCAGCCCCGAUGCCUUUAUUCAGGUGGCCCUCCAGCUAGCCUUCUACAGGCUCCAUGGGAGACUCGUGCCUACCUAUGAGAGCGCAUCCAUCCGCCGAUUCCACGAGGGACGGGUGGACAACAUUCGAUCGGCCACUCCGGAGGCACUGCAUUUUGUGAAAGCCAUUACUGACCAUGCAUCUGCCAUGCCGGAUUCGGAGAAGCUGCUGCUCCUGAAGGAUGCCAUCCGAGCCCAGACCCAGUACACAGUCAUGGCCAUCACGGGGAUGGCCAUUGACAACCACCUGCUGGGGCUGCGGGAACUGGCCCGAGAAGUGUGCAAGGAACUGCCUGAGAUGUUCACGGAUGAAACAUACCUGAUGAGCAACCGCUUUGUCCUCUCCACCAGCCAGGUGCCCACCACCAUGGAGAUGUUUUGCUGCUAUGGUCCUGUGGUACCCAAUGGGUACGGUGCCUGCUACAACCCCCAGCCAGAGAGCAUCCUUUUCUGCAUCUCCAGCUUUCACGGCUGCAAAGAAACCUCUUCAACCAAGUUUGCAAAAGCUGUGGAAGAAAGCUUUAUUGAAAUGAAAGGUCUCUGCAGUCUGUCCCAGUCUGGCAUGGGCAAGCCCCUGGCAACAAAGGAAAAAGUAACAAGGCCUAGCCAGGUACACCAACCUUGACUGCUGCCGCUCAGUUUCGCCUCCCCAAACCUAGCACUCUGCAGCUGCCAGACCCUGCUGAACCCCUGCUCUCAACCCUCACCCCAGCUUUCUGUAGCCCCCCUGUAACUCCAGGCUCAACACACAGACCACAGGAGGCAGCACACAAAGCCGGAGUGUUAGGAGGAAUGUGUCCCUGUGGUGCAUGGGAAUUGUCAUUUAUCAAGGUACCUUGGGUCUGUGCAAUGGGAAAUAAGGCCAGCCUGGCUCAGAGGUGGCCUGGUUGAGAUGGGGAAGCCACCUCUGACUUGACCCUGGACGCUUAAUGUUGGUAUUUGCUUCCCAGCAGCACCUAGUGUGUCCAGGUGAUGAUUUUGCCCAGAGAAAGAAUGAGUCACCUUAUUAUGUGCAGGGUACCCAAAUGAACCAUGAAGGAUGAGGCUAACUCUAGGUCAUUACCUCCCAUCUCUGGGGAAGGAGCAGGGGGCUUUGUUUUCAGAUGGUAUUCAGGGUGACCUGCCCUGAGCCACACAGUCCUGUAAGCACUACCCUCAACCUACACACACACACACACACACACACACUGCAGGUUAAUUUAAAAUGGAGUGAUCUGGGCCCACAAAUACAUUUCUCCUUUUGCCUCCCAGGGGCAGCCUUCCAUUCAGUUCAGAAAAUCUGGUCCAGCUAUUCUGAAAGGGAAGAAAAAAAAAUGGUCUGCCAUUGCCCUGGAGUAGCUGCUGCUCCCUGCUUUCCCCCAGGGGCAUGGUGGGGACCAGUCCACUUCCCUGGGGGUCCUGCCACUUGCAUUUUUUCUGGUUGCAUUCCCACUCGCCUUCAUAAGAAACAUGCCCUAGUAGGUGAUCUGCCUUUAGAGGAGAGGAGAGAGGGGU